AUGAGGGCAAAUGUGCAAGCAACUACUUCAUAUAGACAUUUGAAUAAUAGGAACCUAAGUGUUUUCAAUGAGUUCUCGAAGCAACUAAAGGGUGAGGCGAGCAGCAAUCCUGAAUUCCAGAAAUCCAUGAAGGAGUUCGGAGAGAAACUUGGUGUGGUAAAGGAAGAUCUCAAAGUAAGAACUAAGAAGACGACUGAGACAAUAUACAAGGGUGUUGAUGAUGUUUGGAGUGAAGCUGAGGAGACAUCUAAAAAGGUAAAAGAAAGUUUUGGACUUGGAAAAGAAGAGAGCACAAGUUGUAGGGAUGGUUCACCUGAAGCUUCAAAACAUGAGAAAACUGAGGCAUCCUCACAUUCAGAUGGCACGUCUGAAGAUGCCACAGGCAGCAAUACAUUGUUUACUAAAUGGAAGUCAACAAUCUCAUCUGCUUCACCAAUGGUAUCCAGCGCAUUUGCAAAGUUGAAGGACACAAAAGUUUCAACUUUAGCUAAGCAGGGAUAUGAAAUCGUCAAGGAUGAAUUAAGCUCUAGCUCUAGCAGAAAGAGAAAACAUCAAGCUAGGCAUGCUUCUGCUAAAGUAGAAAAGAGUACAAGAACCGAUUUAGGUCUUACGCCAACAAAAAAGUCAGUAUUGGGUGAAAAAUGGGAAGCAUUUAAGAAUAAGGUCCGAGGGCACCCAGUAUAUAAAACAGUGCAUGAAUACACCAAGCCUGUUGUAACCAAGGGACAAGAGGUAGCUGAGGAUGUCCGAGAAAGAUGGGAGACAAGUGACAAUCCAGUGGUUCAGAAAAUUCAAGAGUCCUUUUCUCUGUCUGAUUUUGUUGCUGAUGUUCAAGAAACGAUCAAACCAGUUCUAACUGCGUAUUCAAAGAUCCUGCACAUUUCAGAAGCUGAUGUAUUGGAAACAAAAAUGUUUGGAUCUUCACCCGUAAUUAUCUUGUGCCAGAUAUACUGUGUUCGAGAUAGAGAAGGGCAAGUCACAGAAGGAGGACAGGAUACCAUCCAAACCGUCUUCUACUCGUGGGCUAUGCAACUCAUGGGCAGCGACGAGGUGGCAGAAGAAGAAUCAUAUUAUCCAGUGUGGCGGCUGCGUGAGAUGCAGCAAGCUGGCAUCAAAGCGCUCAUAUAG